UUUGUGAAACUGUGAAUGAUCAUAGAGGUCACAUGGUACAAGGCUAUUCACAACAGCCUUGUAGCAUGUGACAAACUGUGACCAAUCACAGCUCUCACACCUUGUACCAUGUGACAAGCUGUAAUCAUUCACAGAUUUCACUAGUAGUAAGCAAUGAUGUCAGGAAAUGACAUCUUGCUAACUAAUAUUCAUGUGAACACUGAUCGGCCAAUCAGUGAUCACAUGAUUGGAACCUCACACAACGGGCACCGGAUUGCGGUGCCGCGCGCUUCCAGGGAGCAUGCACAGGCUGCAAAUGUGAGCGCCGUUUAUGAACGGCAACCAGCUAAUGCACUGCUCUGGCCUUUUAUGUACAUGGGCCAGACAGGAAGUGGUUUA